AUAGUAAGGUGUAAGAAGAAUAGUAGUGUUAAUAAAUUGUAAAUCAUAUUACUAGAAAUGAUUAUUUAUGGGGUGUAUAUAGUAAGUAAAUCCGGUGGCCUAAUCUAUAAUUUGGAUAGCAAUGUGCCGAGAAUAGAACAAGAACGUUCAUUUACGUAUCCAAUUGAUUUAAUGCUGGACUAUGAUCCGAAAAAAGUAUCAGUAGUAUUUAAUAGGAGGGAUGGAAUUAAUGUUGGACAUGUUCUAACAGCUGUAAACGGUAUACCAGUGAACGGCAACACGCUUGAAGAUGGACGUGACGUGGAAACUAUGCUGGAAAACUCCGAAAAUUAUCCAGUGAAUUUAAAGUUUUGUAGGCCUAAAUUGACAACCAAUGAAAAGAUUGUACAAGCUAGUACCUUUUACCCACUAUACGCAUUUGCAAGUCAACUUAGUCCAGAGCCUAAAAGUUCCGGCAUCGAAAUAUUGGAGGCCGACACAUUUACUUUGCAUUGCUUUCAAACAUUAACCGGAGUUAAAUUCAUUAUUAUUUCGGAAACUGGCCUUAGUGGUAUGGAUAUGUUACUCCGCAAAAUAUAUGAACUUUAUUCAGACUAUGUUUUGAAAAAUCCAUUUUAUGCUCUUGAAAUGCCCAUACGUUGUGAAUUGUUUGAAAACAAACUUAAAGUAUUACUUGAGAUGGUCGAAAAAACUGGCAUAAAUAAUCUAGAUAAAUAGGCUCUUCUUAAGUCACAAAAUUUAUACCGAUAUGAAAAAAUACAAAUUUUUGUGCGGGGUGCGUGAUUUAUUUUAUUAUUGCAAAGCUUAUCAAAUUAAAAAAUG